AGAGGAGACACAUAUAGACCUGAUUAGCUCAGAUCCUCUUCUCUUUGAACUCCAUUAGUUCAAUAUUAACCAGGAGGUUCCAGUGUCUACAGUUUAGGGUUUGACUUUAGGGAAAAGGACUUAGUGGGCAACGGGUUGAAGAUUAUGCCUCAGGAUAUUUUUUAAGGGGAAUACAGGUUCAAACGUCCGUAGCAAUGGGUGGAAUAACAAAGACCUUUCUCCUUGGUCUUCUCCUCACUCAUACCCUCCAAGUCAUACAGUGUCAAGAUGUAUUUAUUGACAGAAAAAAGGCAACACAGGUCUUUGUCAGAGAAAAGAGAGCGAACAGCUUGUUUGAGGAGAUGAAACCUGGAAACUUGGAGCGAGAGUGUAUUGAGGAAAUAUGCGAUCACGAAGAAGCGCGAGAGGUUUUCGAAAAUCAAGACAAAACGGAGAAAUUCUGGAUCACAUAUAAAGGCUGCGAUGGCCUUAUAUUGCCUAGGAGUAAAGAAAACGUAGACUUGAUGAGAAGAUGUGUCAACACAGACGUUGAUGUUGAGUGUUACACUGGGCAUGGUGAAAAAUAUAACGGGAGUGUUCACAUCACGGUCACAGGAAAAAUGUGUCAGUUUUGGACCAGCAACUUUCCUCACAGAAUCACUGAGUUUAACACAUCGUAUCCGCCAGAAAACUUCUGCAGAAAUCCAGAUGACAGCCCCGACGGUCCCUGGUGUUACACUCGUGACCCAACCGUGAGGAGAGAGUACUGCGCUGUCCGCAAAUGCGGUGAAACCUUUACCCCUCCGCCCAUUCCGCCGAAGAAGGACCCAGCGGAGAAGUACGUUACGACUGACUGCUUAACCAACUUUGGUUUGGACUACGUGGGAGACCUGUCAGUGACGAUGGGAGGACACAAGUGUCUGGAGUGGAACUCUCCUGAGGCCAAAAGGCUAAGCAAGGGGAAAGACUUCCUCAGUGAAGUGGAGCUGACAGGAAACCUCUGCAGGAACCCAGACGGUGACGAGGAGGGUCCGUGGUGCUUCGUGAAACUGGCAGACGGAAACAUGACGGUGGAUUACUGUGAUCUACAGCUCUGUGACAGCCCAUUGAAUAACACAGUGGAACCAGAGGGAGGCAGAGAGAGAUCAGUACUGGGUCCAAAAAAAGGUUUCUUCGACCCACGAAGCUUUGGACAAGGGGAGCUGGUUUGUGGAGAGCGACCUAUGUUUGAGAAGACUGGGAAACAGGAUGAGCACGAGAAAGAACUGAUUGAGUCGAUGCAAAAGAGAAUUGUAGGAGGGCGCGAGGCGGAAGUGGGGAGUGCACCAUGGCAGGUGAUGCUGUACAAGAGAAGCCCACAGGAGCUGUUGUGCGGGGCCAGUCUGAUCAGUGACGAGUGGAUCCUCACCGCGGCUCACUGCAUCCUCUACCCUCCGUGGGGCAAGAACUUCACCAUCGGUGACAUCCUGGUUCGGCUCGGCAAACAUUCCCGCAUCAAGUAUGAGAGAGGCACGGAGAAGAUUGUGGCCAUCGACGAGAUUAUUGUCCAUCCCAAAUACAACUGGAAGGAAAACCUGAACCGCGAUAUCGCUCUGCUGCACAUGAAAAAACCCAUCACCUUUACCAAGGAGAUCCACCCUAUCUGUAUGCCCACCAAGAGCGUCGCCAAGACGCUGAUGUUUGCAGGCUAUAAGGGGCGUGUGACGGGCUGGGGAAACCUGAGGGAAUCGUGGACAUCAAAUCCCCAGAAUCUACCCAGCGUUCUGCAGCAAAUUCAUCUGCCCAUCGUGGAGCAGGACACCUGCCGAGCUUCCACCUCCAUUCGCGUCACAGACAACAUGUUCUGUGCCGGCUAUAAACCAGAAGAAGCAAAGCGGGGCGAUGCCUGUGAGGGAGACAGUGGAGGGCCUUUUGUGAUGAAGAAUCCUGAUGACAACAGAUGGUACCAGAUCGGUAUUGUGUCAUGGGGAGAGGGUUGCGACCGCGAUGGAAAAUACGGAUUCUACACUCACCUGUUCCGCAUGCGCAGGUGGAUGCGAAAGGUCAUCGAGAGGUCGGAUGCGGCUGAUGACGACUGAUAGAAUGCCUCUGGGCCUCUAAUCUGAUCUGCAUGAAUGUCAAACACUUUAAUGAAAUCCUGCUAAAACAAGUAAUAAAGAUGGAUUGUUUUACGGCA